AUGGAUGAUAUCAAAAAUAUUAUAAUAUAAUUAGCUUAAUAAAAGGUUAAUUACUACUAAAAACUCAACUAAGAUAAUUCAUUUAAUUUAAAUAAUAUUUUAUAAAUAACUAGAGAUAUUUGCAAUCAAAUAAUUAAAACUAAUUAAAGAUUAAAAUCCACUUUUUUAGAUUUUCCAUGUUUAAGCAUGUAAAAUGCUAUUUGCUUUUAUGAGACAGAAAUAACUAACAAUUAUUCUGAAGCUAGAAAAGUAAGUAAUCAAACAUCAAUUUCAGAUGAAAAAUUUUUAAUGUUUAAUUCUAAUUUGAUUAAUAAUAAAGAAAAGAUUGGAUAUCUUAUAAUAGAAAUUUCCAAUGAUUUUUAAUAAACAGAAGUUAAGUUUGCCUCUAAUGAAUUUUAAAAAUUAUUUGAAAGAAAGAAUUAUGAUUAAAAAUUAUAAUUAGAUGAUCUUUUACCAAAAUUUCUUAUAAAAUAGCAUCCCUAUUUGAUGUAGAGUUUUUUAACAACAGGAAAUUCAAUAUUUUUCUAAAAUUUUUAGUUAAAUUUCUUAAAUACUUAAGAGGGAUUAAUUAAGGGAGUUAAGAUGUGUUAUGAUUUAACUAAAAUCGCCAAACAAUAAGAUUAAUUAAUAUUUGCAGUCUUUUUUUAAGAAUUAUCAGAUAAUAGAGCUUAUGUUUUAGUAGAUGGAAUAACCAAGUAUUGCUAUUUUAGUGAAUGCUUUUUCAAAAAAUUAGGAUUCUAAGAUCAUGAGAUCAAAUUUAUAAAAUCUUCAAACAUCUUAUCAAAUAUAUCAAUAACAUAUCUAAUACCUGAAUUCGAUACUUUGACUGAUAUGAAUGAGUCAGAUAUUAAAUUAUAAGCUGUUGAUUUAUAUUUUGCUAAUAUUUUUAAACUAUUUAGCACAAUUUUUACAGAAAAAAAAGUAAAUAAUUCUUAAAACACUCUUACUAAAAUUGCUUGGAAUAAGAAAGAUAAAUUAUUUAAAUAUAAUGUAAAUUUAUAAAUUAAUAGAAGAAAAUUUAUAGAUUUUCAUUACAACAUUGUUGAAAUAUUAUCAAUAGAAGCAAAUUCAUAAACGAAUAUUUUUGAAUCAAUAAAUCAAAUAGAAUACUAAAGCUAUUUAUAGAAAAAUGAUGUUUCAAUAAAUGAAGAAUCGGAUAGUUACUCUUCUGGUUAAAUCAAUUUAAAUUUUUACGAUGUUCCUAAUAAAAUUGAAGUAUUCAAAGGACUUAAAAAUGAAUUCAUAUUAUCUAAUCAUUAUUUAGAUUCUUUGAGUUAACCAAGAAUUACAAUAUAUGAGGCAGGCAGAAUAAUUACACCUAACGAUAGUUCAUCAGAUACAAAAAGAAAGUUUCAUUCUAGAAAUCAGCAGGAAUUUUUCUCUCAAAAACUAUCUUAAGCUGAUAUUUAGGCUUUGGUUUCAGAAAAGAAGUUAGAUAUUCCAUUUGAUGAUGAAUAAUAAAAGUAAUUAAAAAUAGAUUAAUUAUCUGACAAUUCUUCAAUUUAAGAUGAAGAAAAAAAGAAGUUUAUCAGAAAAUUCGAUCUUGUGGAAAAAUUAAUGGUGUAUAAAAGACCAUUAAAACUUAUUGAAAUUUUAUCACUUCUAACCCUCUAAAAUAUAAUCUUUACAAUAUUUUCGUUAAUUGCUAUUACUGUAAUGUUUAAUGAUUUAUCAUAAGUUCUCAAAGAAAUCGAUACAAUAUCAUUACAUUCUAGCAUCAUGGUUAAACAUGAUAUAUUCUUUUCAAUUAGAGCAACAAUUAAGAUAUAUUAAGAAUAUUAAAAAAAAAAUAUUUUAUUGAAUGUAACAAAUCUAAUAUCACCAUUUUAUAAUCAUUUGACAGAAUCAUAUCUAGAUUAUUAAAAUGAUUUAUAUAAUCAAUUUUAAAAUUUAAAUUUAUAACCUUAUUUAGAUGAUUAUCACUUAACAAUUUAUUAAUUGGAAUCAAUAACUGAAUAAAAAUUAUUGGAAAGCAAUUUGACUAUAAGAGAAGCACUUAUGGUUAAUCUUUAAUAUGAAUUUGCUGUUUUAGAUGCAUUUCUAAACUAAAAAGAAAUUGCAAAUUCAACUUUUUAAGUGUUUUUAUUUACGAAUUUUGUCAAACUACAUUAGAGUUUAGAAAAUCUCACAAAAGUUUUACUUUCUGAAUCAACUAAUAGAAGUCUUAAUGUUGCUAACAAAUGGAUGGUAAUUUGGAUAUUUUUUUAAAUUGGAGCUUUAGUUUUAGCCAUUUUCAAUUUUUAUUGCUAUUAUAAUUAUAUUACAUUUUAUGAUAAAUUUUUAUUGGCCCUCAAAUUUAUUGAUUCUGAACUUAUAACUUAAGAAAUUGAAAGAUACAAGGAAAUAAUUAAAAAAAUCAAAGAUAAUAAUAGAUAUUUAUUUUAAUAUAAAAUUGAUUUGGAUUUUAUUUAACAAUCUAAAUCCAAUAAAAGACAAUUAACUAUUAAAAAUAAAGAAUUAAUCAAUAAAAAAGUUAUAAAACUACGAAGAUUUUCUUCUUUUAUGCUCAUUUUUGUAUUAAAUUUAAUUUUUGGUGGUUAUUCUGCUAUAAUCAAUGAAAAAACAUAGAUAUACUUAAAUAAAUAUGAAAAAACAGCAAAUUUAUUUAAACUCUUUCAAGAUUUAAGUUUGAGUGGAGGAAAUUGCUUUUUGUACAAAGAGAUAUUACUUGGAUUUAAUAAUUACACUUUUUAUUUUUAGGAAGAUAGAGAAAAUAUGUACUAGAUGCUAUUUAAUUCCUUAGAUUCCAUUUAAUAAUAUUUAAAUUUAAGUAAUUCAGUAGAUUUUUCUAAUUAUCUUGCUACAGAAUCAUUUAUAAUACUUUUUAAUGAUUUAAAAACUCAUUCUUUAUGCUUAUAUUUUACUCAAGUAUCUAAAAAAUUAUGAUAUAGGAAUAUUUAUAUCCUUAUUGUUAGUUAUCAUUUGACAGCGUUUUAUCAUCUGGAUUAGUUUCAUCCUUAAAUUAUGUUUAAAAUACUAUCAAAACUUAACAAGCCAUCAACAACUUUACAAGUAAAACCGACUACAACCUUUAUGAAUAAGAAGGUAGCUAAAUAUUGACAAGAGCUUUCUUGAAUAUGUCUUUAACUUUUAAGGAUGAUUUGACAUUGCUUACACAAAAUUAAACUGAUUUAGCAUAUGUAAUUAAUCAUUUUCUUAUUUAGAAUCUAUCAAUUGGAUUUUUUAUAUACUCAUUCAUAGUUACGUUUUGUCUGCUUUUUUAUCUUAAGUAACAUUUAACUUAUGAAUAUUAUGUUAUUAGAAGAAUUAUAAGUUUGAUUCCAAUAAAUGUUUUAAUGUUUGAUGAAAUUCUAGACAGAUAUAUUAGAGAAAUUGCUUUAAAUUAGGAAUUGCUGUGA